AUGGCAGGAGCGGCCCACGGGAAGCCGAUUUGGAGGGAUACAACUGGGAAGCACCCCGUCACGCACAUUGCGGCUGCCAGGCCAUUCUACAGAUUUGCGGCUACGGGGCUGGGCGCGGCGAUGUGGUUCUUUCUGUUCUACCGAAUGAAGAAGGACGGACCUGCGUUAUUGGGCUGGAAACAUCCUUGGGAUCACUGA